AUGCGCAAAGUCAAAUGCGACGAAUCGUUCCCGGUCUGCAACCGAUGUGUCUCUACGGGCCGUAUCUGUGAUGGCUAUGGCGUCUGGGGAGGCGGCGGCAACCAGUACGGGGGCCGCCAGUCCUCUGAUAGUCCACCAGACAUGCUAGACGCACCUCCUCCACUUGUCUGCAUUUCACCCGUUAUUGCUAGUAUGGACGACAAAGCCUCCUUCGACUGGUUUCGCGCUAAGACAAUCGUCAAGUUGCCGGGAUCUUAUCUCUCCGAUUUCUGGACUAAGAUCCUUCUGCAGGCCAGCCACAAGGAACAAGCUGUCUGGCAUGCUAUCCUUGCCCUAAGCACCACGCAUAGAGUAGGCCUUGUCGAAACCGGUUCCGAUCCCGAUGAAACGACUAGAUCGAGUCUAGAGCAGACUUCCCUGCGCCACUUAAUCAGAGCCGUCCGCUACUUGCAUCCACAUUUCUCUGCCACAGACAAGGCGUCCCCCCGCGUGGUGCUUAUCGUCUGUCUUGUCUUCGUUGUGCAUGAUCUUCUUCGUGGACACUUUGUGUCUGCGCAGGUCCAUCUCCGCAAUGGGCUCAGCAUUCUGGCACAGCGACAGAUUGCCACUCAGGGCAAGAAGCUUCGAUAUAGCGAGCCUAUCGACGAUACAAUUGGCGAAGCCUUCUUCCGUCUUCAUAGCCAAGUAGAGCUCCUCCAGCAUCAGCAUUGCCCUCGCCCCUGUCCCCUCCCAGAACCCCUACAACCGCUGCAUCAUCCCGGUCAAGAACACUACGGUCUCAUACCCUCUCGCUUCCCCUCAUUCACAUCCGCCUGGCGCGGCCUAGACCAAUGUCUGAACGAGAUCUUCCGCCUCUCCGCACACGCCCGAGCCCUAGACUUACAUGAUGAGGACCCUGCCGCCUCAAAGGCCCUAAUUACCCAUCAACAACGCAUUACACACGCCCUCCAAACCUGGCUAUCAGCAUACAACGCCGCCCUCCCAACCCUCCAAUCCUCGCCAUCCCCCGCAAUAGCCAAAGCAAAAGCCACCGUCCACCGCCUCAUCCUCGCCUAUCACACCAUGCUCACAAUCAUGGCCGCAACAACCCCAUCAACAUCCGAAACAACCUUCGACACCCACACCCCCGCCUUCAAAACAAUCAUCUUCCUCCUCUCACGCAUGUGGAAGCUCUACGCCGCGGACCCCUCGCACCCCGCAAUGUCAAAUCCAGCCGCAGCAUCUGCCUUCCACAGCAUACGUAACGGAACCGGAAGCCCCAAAAAGCAGUGGAUUGGAACGUGCGAUAUGGGCCACACGAUCGUCGACAUCGGCUGGAUGAUCCCGCUCUUCUAUACGGCGACGAGAUGCCGUGAGAGACGGGUUCGACGGACGGCGAUUCAGCUCUUGGAAUCUACGAAUCACCGCGAGGGGAUCUGGGACGCGAAGAUCACGGCUUGUAUUGCGAGGAGGGUGAUGGAGAUUGAGGAGGGGGAUUUCUACGAUGGGUGCGGCGGGUCUAGUGAUCUCGAUAACGGUGUUAGCAUUCCCGAUGAGGAUGGUCAGGGUCAACGUGAUAGAGCCUCGUCGUCUUCGGCAUUCACGAGCGAAGCGAAAUCGGAACCGGGUCCAGACCAGGUUUUGCCGGAGUCGAGCCGGAUACGGGAUCUUGAGGUCCGGAUGGAGGGGGAUCCGCUGGAACGGGUUCUCUUGUUCGGGAGCUGGGAGGGGAUGAAUGGGAGGGUGAGUCUUGGGGAGUAUGAUGUUCUCGAGCAGCGGUGGCUAUGA